UUUUCAGACGUCAGACAUCCUGAAAACAGUACGAUUUCAGUUCGGUGCAUUUCUUUUUAAAAUGUACGAAAUCUUGGUUUUUAAAGUUGUCAACACUUAAAAUCCGUGAUAAGUGAAUACUGGUUGUACCCUCUAUAUUUGUUUCUUUCUGAAAAGAUAAAUUAAAUUUACAAAAUGUCAUCAGUAAAAGUAGCUGUUCGAGUCAGACCAUUCAACAACAGAGAAAUAUCAAGAGAAUGCAAAUGUAUUAUACAAAUGAGUGGCAACACCACAGCCAUUACAAACCCAAAAGCAGACCCGAACACAAAAGAUGCUCAAAAAAAUUUUAAUUUUGACUACUCAUAUUGGUCACACGACGAAACCGAUCCGGCUUUCUCCUCUCAACUACUAGUAUACAAAGAUAUAGGCGAAGAAAUGCUUCAGCACUCUUUCGAUGGAUACAACGUGUGUAUCUUCGCUUACGGGCAAACAGGUGCAGGAAAAUCCUAUACCAUGAUGGGUAAACAGGAAGAUGGUCAAGAAGGGAUCAUACCGCAAAUAUGCCAAGACUUAUUCACCAGGAUACGUAAUAAUAGUUCGCCUGACAUUAAGUAUUCAGUAGAAGUUAGUUAUAUGGAAAUUUAUUGCGAAAGAGUGAGAGAUCUUCUUAAUCCUAAAAAUAAGGGUAAUUUAAGAGUGAGAGAACAUCCUUUACUGGGCCCAUACGUGGAGGACCUUAGCAAGUUGGCUGUGAUGAGUUACCAGGAUAUCCAUGACCUUAUAGAUGAGGGCAACAAGGCCAGGACGGUGGCGGCCACCAAUAUGAAUGAAACUAGUUCGAGGUCGCACGCGGUGUUUACGAUUUUUUUCACGCAGCAAAGGCUUGACGAAACAACUCAACUAACAACAGAAAAAGUAUCCAAAAUAUCACUGGUAGAUCUUGCGGGUUCCGAAAGGGCUGAUUCUACGGGAGCCAAAGGAACACGAUUAAAAGAAGGAGCUAACAUUAACAAAAGUUUAACUACACUAGGAAAAGUUAUUUCCGCUUUAGCUGAAAUAGCAUCCAAGAACAAGAAAUCCAAAAAAGCCGAUUUUAUACCAUACAGAGAUUCAGUUCUGACGUGGUUGCUUAGAGAAAAUUUAGGUGGUAACAGUAAGACUGCUAUGAUAGCUGCUAUUUCUCCUGCCGAUAUAAACUACGACGAAACUUUAUCGACUUUGAGAUAUGCAGAUAGAGCCAAACAAAUCGUCUGCAAAGCCAUCGUCAACGAAGACGCAAACGCCAAACUCAUUAGGGAGCUUAAAGAAGAAAUUCAGAAACUACGCGAGCUACUGAAACAGGAGGGAAUAGAUGUAUGCGAAGGCCCAGAUGGCAAAGUUAUUUAUGAGAAAAGGGAGCCUCCCAGAGCAGGUGACAGCAUUCUCACCAAAAACAACAAAGAAAUAGAGCGAAGUCGUUCACAAUCCACUUCUUUAGCUGAAGAAGCCGUAGACCAGUUGCAAGCUAGUGAAAAACUUAUAGCAGAACUAAAUGAAACAUGGGAAGAAAAAUUAAAGAAGACGGAGGCAAUAAGAAUACAGCGCGAAGCUGUCUUUGCAGAAAUGGGUGUUGCAGUAAAAGAGGAUGGUAAUACAGUGGGCGUAUUUUCUCCUAAGUGCACACCGCAUUUAGUUAAUUUAAAUGAAGAUCCAUUCAUGUCGGAAUGUCUGAUUUACUACAUUAAGGAGGGUUUAACAAGAAUCGGUUCAGAUCAGGCUAAUAUUCCACAGGACAUUCAACUGUGUGGAUCACAUAUUAAACCAGAACACUGCGUUUUUGAAAACAAGGACAAUCGAGUAACAUUGGUUCCUCUUAAUGGAGCACUCAUUUAUGUUAAUGGAAGAGAGGUUUCGGAUCCUGUUCAACUGAAAACAGCAUCAAGAGUAAUAUUGGGUAAAAAUCACGUGUUUAGAUUCACACAUCCGGAAGAAGUAAGAGAACUAAGGGAGAAAAAUAUGAUUACUUCAGAACACGUAGACUGGAACUUCGCACAAAUCGAACUUUUGGAAAAACAAGGUGUAGAUCUCAAAGCAGAAAUGGAGAAAAAGUUAGUUACACUAGAAGAGCAAUAUCGCAAAGAAAAGGAAACUGCGGAUCAACUCUUUGAAGAACAGCGAAAGAAUUACGAAGCCAGAAUAGACGCCUUACAGAAACAAGUCGAAGAACAAAGUAUGACAAUGUCUAUGUACAGUUCCUACACCCCGGAAGAUUUUAAUAAUGAAGAUGAUAUAUUUGUGAACCCUCUAUUUGACGCAGAAUGCAACUGGACCGAAAAGGAGUUCGAACUUGCUGCUUUGGCUUGGAGGAAAUGGAAACAUCACCAGUUUACUUCUUUGAGAGAUGAUCUCUGGGGUAAUGCUAUAUUCUUAAAAGAAGCCAACGCCAUAUCCGUGGAAUUAAAGAAAAAGGUUCAAUUUCAGUUUACAUUACUUACGGACACCUUGUAUUCUCCACUUCCUGCUGAUUUACGACCUAUGAUAGAUUACGACCAAGAUGAAGAUAUUAGUAUACCGAGGACCAUAGUUGCCGUCGAAGUACAAGAUAUCAAAAAUGGCGCUACUCACUAUUGGUCUUUAGAUAAAUUACGUCAAAGAUUGGAGUUAAUGCGUCUUGUGUAUAACGAAGAAGUCUCGACGAUAGACAGCCCUGAUGAACCGAUGCCUCCUGUGUCAACUCUGCUGCGGUGUAUCGUGCAAUGCCCACCGUCACCGUCACUGUCACGCUUCUCACUAAACCGUUUAGUACCUUCGAGGCAACGUCUUGAAUUAAUGCGCGAAAUGUAUCAUAACGAAGCCGAAAUGUCUCCUACAUCUCCAGACUACAACGUCGAAUCUUUAACUGGCGGAGAUCCGUUUUACGACAGAUUUCCUUGGUUUAGAAUGGUAGGCAGAGGUUUCGUUUACCUCAGUAAUCUACUCUAUCCCAUUACACUCAUCCAUAAAGUAGCAAUCGUCAGUGAGAAGGGUGAUGUAAGAGGUUAUUUGAAGGUAGCAGUUCAAGCCGUUAUGGAUGAAGAUAAUUCUGAUCAAGUUGGCGUCAGACAGAGUGCCAGAAUAGCGUUCGAAAGUACGCCAAAGAAUAUUAUGGAUCGUAAUAUAAGAAACAUGGAAGAAAGAAUUGUUGAAGGUCAAAACAACAUAGAUCCAAUUAAACUGGAUGAAUUGAUAGAAUGCGAUGCCGACUCAGGUCGAGGUGAUAGUUCUGUGUCUUCUGACAUCAAAGAGGAAGAGCUUCCAGAACAUCUUUUAAUUGGAAAGGAAUUCACUUUUAGAGUUACAGUACUACAAGCUGUUGGAAUAUCUCAGGAGUAUGCUGAUGUUUUCUGCCAAUUUAACUUCCUUCAUCGCCACGAUGAGGCAUUUUCAACAGAACCCGUCAAAAAUACUGGAAAAGGAUCACCUCUUGGCUUCUACCAUGUUCAAAAUAUUACUGUCACCGCUACAAAAUCUUUUAUCGACUACAUAAAAAGCCAACCAAUAGUUUUUGAAGUAUUUGGCCAUUACCAACAACAUCCAUUGCACAAAGAUGCCAAACUCGAAGGUAGCGUUCGCCAACCUCCAAGAAGAAUGCUGCCACCUUCUAUUCCUAUCUCUCAACCUGUUAGGUCAACUAAAUUCGGUGCUUUGCCAUCUCCGUGCACCGCACACAUUCAUGCCAAGGCUGAUGUGUUAGUCUGGUUUGAAAUUUGUGAGUUAGCACCUAGUGGAGAGUAUGUUCCUGUGGUGGUAGAGCAUAGCGAUGAUUUCCCAUGUAGAGGAUUGUUCUUAUUGCACCAGGGAAUUCAACGCCGAAUCAGAAUAACCAUCGUGCACGAUCCAGCGGCGGAGAUCAAAUGGCGAGACGUGCGUGAGUUGGUGGUCGGUAGAAUAAGAAACACACCAGAAUCGGAGGAAGAUGAAGAUAAUGAUAAUUCGGUUCUGUCAUUAGGUCUCUUCCCUGGUGAAUACCUAGAAAUACCCGGAGACGAUAGAGUAAUGUUUAGAUUCGAAGCUGCUUGGGAUAGUUCCUUACAUAAUUCUCCAUUACUAAAUAGAGUAACCUCGCAAGGAGAGCAAAUAUUUAUGACGAUAUCAGCUUACUUAGAGUUAGAAAAUUGUGGACGUCCAGCAAUAAUAACAAAAGACCUAAGCAUGGUGAUUUACGGACGAGACGCUAGAACCGGACCUAGGUCUUUGAAACAUCUAUUCUCUGGCAGCUACCGUAAUACUGAAGCUAAUCGAUUAUCUGGAGUCUACGAGUUGCUGUUACGUCGCGCUAGCGAAGCAGGUAGUCCAGGCGUACAAAGACGUCAACGACGAGUGCUGGAUACUAGCACCACCUACGUACGAGGUGAAGAGAACCUUCAUGGUUGGAGACCUAGAGGAGAUUCUUUAAUAUUUGAUCAUCAGUGGGAACUAGAAAAAUUGACACGUUUGGAGGAAGUAGAGAGAGUCAGACAUACGUUGCUUUUACGAGAACGUCUGGGAUUGGAUCGAACACUAAAUUAUAAUAAGUACCGAUUAGAAUACACUAAGAAUGAAAAGGAAGCAUGUAAUAUGGUCGCCAAGAAUAAUAAUAUAAAUGCUAUAGCGAACAAUGACACAACUACGGAAUACUCUGACCGAGAAAUGGAUCUACUUCUGAGAUGCGUUAAACUUAUCCAGGGCAGGCACAGAGAUAACUCAAAUAACGUUAAAGACAACGAUGUGACGAGUCCUUCUGAAGAAGUCACUGAAAUGAGCACAAGCAUGAUAUCUAGUAUCAUGUCAAAUAAUUCUAUAGAGCUAUGCUCUCCAGAAAGGGUUGUGGUACCUGGAGAAUGUGCUCCAUUCCCUCCCAUGCCUGUUUCACCACCUGGUCCCAGAGAUCCAGAAUUAGUUUUAUACGUACCAGAUAUGGAAGAAAUAAGAAUUUCUCCAGUUAUAGCUAGGAAAGGAUAUUUAAACGUAUUGGAACAUAAAACGCAGGGGUGGAGAAAGAGAUGGGUGUCUGUUCGCCGUCCCUAUGUAUUCAUCUUCAGAGAAGAAAAAGAUCCAGUCGAAAGGGCCUUGAUCAACCUAGCUACAGCUCAAGUAGAGUAUUCCGAAGAUCAGUUAAGCGCGGUUCGUCUACCCAACACCUUUAGUGUAGUAAGUAAGCACAGGGGAUACCUACUUCAAACUUUGCACGAGAAAGAAGUGCAUGACUGGCUCUACGCCAUCAAUCCGCUUUUAGCCGGCCAAAUUAGGUCGAAAUCGGCUAGACGCAAUCCUCAAAACACCAAUGACACCCCUACCACCAAAGAAGUGACGGUUAAUUUAAAAUGAGAUUUAAUCACUAUGGAAUCCGUAUUAGUUUAUUAGUAGCUUUAAUAUAUGUAAGUUAUUUUAUUUUCUUCGGCGGGCCAGUCUGAUAUGUGGAGGUCAUAAAUAUGAGGGACACUUUCAUUGAAUAUAUUGUGAUUUAAAGAUAAUUUAUUUGAAAUUCUAAACAUACUACGCUAUAUUUAACACUAACCUAAGAUUGAGACUGGUAAAUAUAUACUUUACCUCAAAAGUUACCAUGCGUUUAUAUAAAAAUGUGGCUAUACGCAGUGUAUCAAGAAAUGUAACUACAAUUUUCGAUAGGUUAAACUAAACUUAAUCUGUACUUAAUCGUAAAGCAGCUAAACAUUGCAAAAUGCAAAUACGCUUUACAACAUGUCAUUAUUAACUAACCAGUAGGUAAUAAACCUAACCUAACAUAACCUAACCAGUAGUUUGCUUGAGUAUGUUAGACCAUGGUUAGACCCUUCACGUGUCAUUGGAUACCAAUCGAUACAAUCUUAUGAGAGCUUAUUACCUACUCUUCGAAAGUUAAAAUAAAAUAUUGUGGGAUAGAAUACUUGUCAUUGAUUUGUUGUCGUAUUUAUGCCUAGACUGGCCUUGGAAAUUGUGAUCUGAAGCUAUAAGAGGAACUAAGUGUACCAGUUAUAUCAAUGUUUCCAAUUCUUCAAUGUCAAACUUAAACAAGUCGUAAUUUUUGUCUUGACUGUUGAUUAUUUGUGUAGUUGACUGGGCGAAAGAGAAUAUUGAAGGUUCAAGUUUUGUUUUUGGUUUAUAUAAUUCAUUAAAUUAACUAUUUUCUUCUUAAUGUUAAACAUUUUAUAUUGGGUAACCAAUAGCGACAAAUUCAUACAUAACUAUUUUUUGAAAUCACACAAAUGUAUAAAGGCUUUAGAAGUGGUUUAGAAAUAGAUUCACAAAAAAGUACCUAAAUCAAAUAAAUUAAUUGAUAUCGCUUUGGAGAGUAUUUGAUGCCUAAACCUGUAUAUGUAAGAAGUGGAUAGUUAGUUUAUGAAGUGAAUAUAAAGAUUGUACUAGGGAUUUUUUAGUAUCUUUCUCGUAGAUGCAAAUAUUUCGUUCUUAUAGAAACAAACCAAGAUAUUUUAACCCUAAUAAUGGGUCCUUAUAAAAAGUAUAAAUAACAACGAAUUUAACUUUAAUGCAACAAACGUUACUUAAAUCUAACUUUGCUGUCAAAGUAGUCAAGAUUGGGUCAUUAGGCAAGGACGUAUCUUCUCCCCUUUUUGUUUUACAUCGUAUAACACAAAUAGUCACAGAUACAUGGUCCGCAUAAUAUCGAUUGGAGGAAAAAGAUCCAAAAAUUCGAAGAUGCUUUAAGGGUCUUUGUAUACUAGUAUACUCUUGAGGGUUAAACAACUGGAAUAGAGGUAAAUGGAGUUCCCAUUAAAAACAUUAGAUAUGCGAAAAACUCAAAGAAAUAACGAGAAUCUUUUCAUAAACGGAAACGAUGUCGAAUGAGUAGACCAAUAUACAUAUCUUGGAACAAUGAUCAACUCCACAAAUAAUUACUUCCAGGAAAUCAAACUCAGAAUAGAAAAGGCUAGAGCAAAUUUUAACAAAAUGGGAAGAGUGUUUUGCACAAUAGAUUUGAAGUUGGAGCUAAGAGUUCGGUAGGCUAGGUACUAUGUUUUCUAGACUUUGUUUUAUGGAAUGGAAACUUGGACCUUGAAUGCGGCAUUAAUGAAAAAGCGGGAAUCAUUCGAGUUGUGGGUGUACAGAUAAAUUCUGGAAAUAUCGUGGACAGAACACGUCACAAACAACGAACUUCUGAGAAAGAUGGAAUAAAGAAAUAGAAUUUCGAGAUAAACUGUUGAAUAGUUAUAUCACAAUCUGGUGAAGGGAUGAAGCACAGUUAGGGAAAGAGUCGGAUAAGGAAAAUAAGGAAGGGGAGAUUGUGUCCAAUUCUUACCAUAAACCUACUUCAAAUAUUAAUAAAAAUCAAAACUGAAAAAGAUACAUUACGAAAAUCCUUAGUAUUUAGAUUAAUUGAAAUUUUACACAAACGGAUUCCAUGAGUGAUAAAGUGAAUACAUAUUUCUAGUCAUUUUGAGUAUUAGGAUUUAUUUAUUGUUCUUUUUUAAUUUUCUACAUCGUUUUUGAAUAAUGAAAUGUGCAUAGCGUUAUAAUAUAUAGUAUAAAUUGAAAGGAAUUGUGGAAAAUAGAGAAAUACCUAACUUUGUUAAACUAUAAUCUUAUACGAAUAUAAUUUUGAGGAAUGAUCUCAAUGUUUUAGGAAAAGUUAAAAAAGCUUAUUAUUAUAAUACAGAAUUGUCUGAUUCAGAAGUGUUCAUCCUUAGUAAUUAUAUUCUAAUUUUUGUGAUCGUACAAAAGAAAUGUUUGUGCGCAUUGGACAUUUUAUGAGAUUACUUUUUAAAAAUAUAAACAAUAAGUAAAUAUAAUUUUAUAAACAAUAAAAGUAAAAGUAGAAGAAGAACUAAUUGACGAAAUGGUGUUGCACAGAAUGGGAAGAGACGGAGAACUUUUGACCACCAUUAAAAAGAGAAAAAUAGCAUAUUUGGGACACAUACUUAGAAAUGAUAAGUACGAGUUACUACAUCUGAUUAUGAAGGGUAAAAUCAAAGGAAAAAGGGGUCCUGGUAGACGACAAAUAUCCUGGCUGAAAAACAUUCGCGACUGGACCGGGUUAAACACACACACGCUUUACAGAAAAGCAGAAGAUAGAGAUGAACCCUGAUUAGUGGAGUCGAUACUAGAAGAAGAAGAAUUAAAGUACAAAACGUACUCAAAGAUCAAAGGUUAUGUUCGUAACGAUAAGGCGCAUUCUGUCGGGACAGUACAAAGUUGUGUUCCAGGUAGAAUAAUCUACAAAUAUUACAAAGUAUACACCUGCAAGCAACAAUUACUAUAAAACAUGAAAUUUAUCUAAAUAAGUCUAUAAUGACCUCUGGAAAACUUUAUAUUUUCAUAUUUGAUCUGACUUGUCACAAAGUGUCUAAAUAUCUUAGUAAUGAGGCGCAAGUGCCAACAACAUCCAAGAUAAACACUAAGUUAGUGUUACCACCAACAGUAGGUACUAAACACAAACGAAAACUGCCUAAAGACAUCAAAUCGAGAAAAAUAAAUCUAUAGGGACGGAUUUGUAUAAGUAUCGGAAGGAGAUCAUGACACAGAACUAAUUUGUAUGACUACGGUAUGUAGGUACAAUAUAAAGGCAAACGAAGAAAGACCACCAAACAAAUUAAUGAAGACAAAAAAAUUAAGGAAGAUUAUUCAUGAAUAAAAUGUCAAUAUUAUCGUACUAUACUUAUUGGUAAAUAAAUAUUAUUGUCACUCAAUUUCAAGGUAUGUGUCAAAUGGAGGCCUCAUUUAUAGCAUCAAUUUAGCGGAUCUUUCAAUGUUUCUAGCUAGCGAUUCCCAAGAUAAUCGAAAAGACCACUUAGAUCCAUAGAUAUAUAAUACCUAGAUUGCGCGCUGCUAUCUUAAAAUGGGUGACGAUUGCGACAGAGAUAAAUGAGCCUAUUAGCUGGUAAGUCUCUUUCUAAUCGUAUGAGUUCAUCUAAUCGGCGACAGUGAGAAAGUGACGUAAUCAAUAAACUAAACGUCAUUGGAUAAACCCUGUCGAUUAGAAAGAGACUUCUCACCUCGCAAUCUAGGUAUUAUAUAUCUAUGCUUAGAUCACCCCAACCUAACCUAACCUAACCUAAAAAAUAAUAUACCUAAUGCAAAAUAUACAUUUGAAUUCAUUUACUAUUUACUUAUCAAUUCCAUCAUAAGUGCAUUCUUUUAGAAAAUAUACAGUUGGUAAUAGGAAAGAUUUUAUAGAACUUAACAUUUAAUUUCACUACAGAAAUCAGUAUUUCAAAUGUAACUAACGAAAAUUGAAGAGAAAAGAUCUAAAUAACUUCAACUAAGAUUGUUUUUAAAAGAAUUCCUUCAUUAUGGAAUUGAUAAGUAAAUGAAGGCAAAUAUAUACGCAUUAUAUUUUUUAGGUUAGGUUAGGUUAGAUUGAUUAUCUCAAUAACUGCUCAGUAGCCCAAUUGGAAGAUACUCCAUAAUUGAUCCGCAACUUCCUUUAAUACAUACUUUGAUCUUGAGUGACGAUUAAUUACAUUGAUUUUACUUACAAGUAGAGUAUAAUUAUUAGAUGUAUCUACCUUUAUUAUUAUAAGAAAUACAAUAGAUUUUUUAUAUUCUUUUAUUAUACAUUAUUUUUUGUGAACACUUCCUAGAAUCGACUGACCAGUAGAAUUUGUAAUUGUAAUAAAAAUACAUGUACCAAGUUUCACCUUACCUAUUAAACUUUUACUUAUAAGGCCUCAUUUUUUAAGGUGCAAUAUCCAGUAUAUACCUACAUGUGAGAUGAACACAAAUUCCUUACUUUACGGGCACUGUAAGUGUAAAUGUACAGGGUGUAUCUUUAUUUAUUUUUGUCUCUCUUCUCUUAGGUUUUAGUCUAUUGUAACUACCACAUUAUACAUUCCUCAAUUUUUGUAUAUAUAUUUGAGUUUCUUCUCAAAUCUUAGUAAGUUGAGAAUUUUGUUUGCAAUGUUAUACGAGGAAAAUCAUUUAUUGGGUUAUUAUUAAAUGUAUUAUUUAAAAACUUUUGCAGAGGUAGAAAAAUUAAAUGAAAUAAGCAAAUUAUGUGUAGCAAUCGCUAAAGGUAGUGAAAUGCAAAUGGAAAAUCAACUGAAAACUUCAAGUAAACCAAAUUGUUGAUAGGUAUGCUAGCCUCGUGUUUGCUAUGUUACUUCUUAAAAUAAAAAUAACAGUUCAUUUGAAAUAAUCAAAAUGUUUUAUCUGAUACUUCCCGCCAUAUAUACGAUAGUACAUAAUAAUUAUAACUCAUUAAUGAUUCCUCGAUUUGUUUUUAUUGUAUGAUCAAUAAAUUUUGAAUAGCUGAUCACUUGACUGAUAUUUUAGUACGGGUGUGAUAAAGGAAUAGUUGAAGGUUUGGAAUAUAUUUUUUGAGAAGGUUUUGGGAUGGAAGCUGCAUCUAAGUAAUGAAUAAUUCACUUAAAAGGUAAAAACGGUACAUACACUUCAUAUUCUUCGUGUUACUUAUAAAAUAAGCAAUAUAAGCACAACUGAACGGAUAUUUAAAAAAAGUAAAAUAUAAAGUAGAAUCUUAAUUUUUAAUGUUGUUCUGAAGCUAUUUAAUUUUUAAGGAAUUGACAACAAGGUAUUAAGAGUGAGACAAAAAAUUUACAAUAUUUAUGGGCGAAAUUAUUAAGAAAACAACAAGAAGUAAAAAGUUGAAUGUAGGGUAUGGAAAGCUGCAAAGAUUAGACAUCUAGGAAGCAGUAUUUGCAAAAGAUUUGAUGCUAAUUGCAUCAAAUUGCAAAUUGCAUCAUAAUUCAGUUGCAAACUGAAAAAGACCUUCGGAAUAAUUUGGAAAUAUGGAAAGAAGUACUCAAUGAAAACGGAAUGAGGAUAAAUAUUAACAAAACAAAAGUUGUGCAGAUAGGAGAUUAACGAGAUAUAUGUAAAUUAAAGGAACAAAAAUAGAACAAGUUAAAACUUACCUACUUAGGAGGAAUAAUAGAAGAAGUAAGACCUCUAGAAGCAGAAAUCAAUAGCAGAGUUGAGAAAACGCUACAACUGUAUCAUACCAUGAAAAAAAGAAACAUCACGGAAUACAAAAAUUAUUGUUUUCAAAGCAGACUUGUUCUGAUUUUCUGAGCGAAUCAUGGGUACUAACUGAUCAACGGCAAAAGGGCAAGAUACAGGCUAUAGAGGUGAAGUAUUUAACAAGAAUUAAAGGUAUUACCAGAAUGGAUAGAAUAUGGAACACAAAUACAAGGAAUGAUCUGAAAAUACAAUCCACAGUGGAGUUUAUAGAAUAGAGACAGCUAAGGUGGUGGUGUCAUUUACACCCGAUGAAUGAUACCAUACCAGUGGGAAGAGUGUGGGAAGCAAAAAUAUAAACAAAACAAAAAAGGGGAAGGAUAUUAAAAAUGAUAUUAAAACGAUUUUAAAAUUUAAUAAAAUAACAAGAAUUGACGGUAAGACUACAAGUAUUGAGGGCAAAUAAAAGAAAAUUUUUUUUUGCGAGGAUGAAGAUGCCAGAUGGUAGAUCUACUCAUUCAUUCGUUGGAGGAAAGAAGACUAAAAUAAAUUUAACCAAAAAUCGUCUUUCGUGCUUCAGUGUCAAUGAUCAUGUAUUCUUCUUGUUAAAUGGAAUCUUGAGUGGAAGAUCAAAUCAACCCAAUAAAUUCUCAAAUAUUUUCUACAAUUACAAAACAGGUAAAUAGGGAGAAGUGUACUUCUGAAGUGUGUAAAUUAAAUACUUCCUAACUAAGCGCUUUCGGCUUAUAAAGCCAUCUUCAGAGCUAUGGUCAAAAAGUUCAAAAUACCACUAUGAAGAGAGAUGUAUCCCGUGUAUGAUAUAAAAAUACUUCUAUUUUUUAUGCAGUUUUUAAUUGAUGGAAAAAAUUGGAAAAAAACCUUGUCUGAUUGUUGAAAAAUGCUCAAUCCAGCUAUUGUUUUGAGGUCGGAAAAGUUAAAAACAUCUAUUAUAGGCACAAAGGACUUUCACACGAAAAAUUACAUUACAAGAAACGAAUAUUUGAUCAUGGUAAGGUCAAGAAACCUUACCAUCUGAACUUUACGGUGUCAGCAUGCAGAUGGUAAGGUUUCUUGACCUUACCAUGAUCAAAUAUUCGUUUUAUGUAAUGUAAUUUUUUGUGUGAAAGUCCUUUGUGCCUGUAAUAGAUGUUUUUAACUUUUCCGACCUUAAAACAAUAGCUGGAUUGAGCAUUUUCAACAAUCAGACAAGGUUUUUUUCCAAUUUUUUCCAUCAAUUAAAAACUGCAUAAAAAAAAGAAGUAUUUUUAUAUCAUACAUGGGAUCCAUCUCUCUUCAUAGUGGUAUUUUGAACCUUUUGACCAUAGCUCUGAAGAUGGCUUUAUAAGCCGAAAGCGCUCAGCUAGGAAGUAUUUAAUUUACACACUUCAAAAGUACACUUCUCCCUAUUUACCCGUAUUCAUAAGUGUGUACAAAACUAUUUCAGUCUUUACAUUAAUUACAAAACAACCCACUAACAGUAACAAUUAAAUGGGGUUAAGACAAUGCUAAUAAGAUGAUCAAAGAAUUGAAAGUUAUCAAUCGAUUUUUAUUAGCAAAUGUCAAUCAAAGCAAAGCUAAUAAUAAGAACUUAACCGGCAGUUUGUACCUACGACUAACAUUUAAAAUGUGAGUCACAAAAGCAAUACAUCCCGUCAAUUGUUGAAUUAUUACUUUAUAAAAAAAUUAUAUAAAUACGAUCAACAAUUUUGCUUUGAUUACUUACAAUUAUUGUAUGUACUGUCUUUUUCUAAGUCAUUAUUUUUUAUUUAGAUGUUUGAGUGACAAAGUGCAGUAGCUGUAAUUUUGUUUUACACACUUGUUUAUAAUAAUUUGGCAAACAAUAGAUCGUGUUGGAUAAAGAUAUUAACUCAUUUUAUGACUGAUUUAAUACAAAAAUAGCCAAAUUAAUGGUUGUUUUACCUUUAAUUCUUUUGUGUUAUACAAAUAUUUGUUAAAGUGCACUGAAGUAACUGUAUAAAAUAAAAAUUGUUAGGAGCUGCAGAAGACUUUCGUAGAAUCAAAAUACAUAAUAUCAAUAUUAAAUAUCAAGACGAGAAUUCAUUUUACCGCCAUAACCAGCAAAAUAACGCAAAAGAUGGAAAACAAUACAUUGCGGAACAAAAAGAGAUGAAACUAGUGGAGGUGGAAAUUAUCGUUAUAAACGUAUAAAUUAACAUUACAUUGUUUCCCACCUUUAGACGUAUCAGAGGAGUAUGACAACUAUCACUGUGACAGUAGAAUUUUAUAAAAUACUCCUGUCAUAGACGUCUAAAGGUGGGAAACUAUUCUUUUUCUCAUGAUCAUCUUUCAGUGCGUCACAGUUAUUCGAUUUCUCUCUAACGCAUUAAAUUGUAUGUGACAGAAAAAAACGCACGUCUGUGAAUACUUUGGUAAUUAUUCUAGUUCUGUGAUUAUUCUAGUUGUCGAUAGAUGGCGCUAUAAUCAAAAAAUAAUUAUUUGUUAAAUAAAAUAAUAUUAUCAAUAUAAUCUGUACAAUUUAUAAGACUAUACAAAUGAAAGAAAAUACCAUUUUAUAAGUGCAAUAGACACAAUAAAUUUGGUUUUAUUCCAAAUUGAAAAUAAAAUUUGACAACUGUCAGAUUUAACGAAAAUAUCACGUUAGAAUAAAUGUCAUAAAUGUGUAUUAUCACGGACUUACCUUUUUUUCUAUAAUUUGUGACGCACUGAAAAAUGUUCAUGAAAAGGAGAAUAUGUAAUGUAAUGUUAAUUAUUUAUACGUUUAUAACGAUAAUUUGCACCUCCACUACUUUCAUCUCUUUUUGUUUCGCAAUGUAUUAUGUUUUCCAUCUUUUGAGUUAUUUUGCCGGUUACUAGCGCGCUCAUCACUGUAUACAGUAUUACUUAACAUAGUACUAGAAAGCAUAAUAAUGAAAUAAAAGAAAUUAUUUUAACCCUUAGUAACCAAUAUCUCUGAUGAAGUACCUUUUUUACUGAGGUGGAAAAGUUCUAAGACCGAAUAGGGAAGAUGUUCCUACUACAGUUAGAUUUGAUCCGGAAAGGAACACAUGCUAGGUCAUACUAUCCACGGAUUUAUUAUAUGCGACACAUGCUCCUCGAUCUCCUUCUUCCACAAGACAAGACACCCCAAACAAGUUCAAUCGGUGAACCAAACAUUGGGAUGCCUUGCGCAAUUUAUCAAUUCGGGAAAAAACACUGGAAAAGGAUACUUGCCAAGAAGCGGUAAGAACCACGUAAAAUAACACGCAACAACAGUAUUAUAAAGGAAAAAGUAAAUAAUGUAGAUGUAUGUGGUCCAACAGAGGGGAAUGUAAAAUUAAAUGAGGUCGUAUAAACCACUUUCUAAUGGACUCCCCUUUAAAGUUGGCCGUAUUCAUCUUUAGCCUUUGGGCAUGAUCUUUUAUGGUAUUAUAAGUGUUAGUCAUCUCCACAAUUAAUUUGUGGAGCUCCUCGGUCAAUUUCUCCUGCAUCUCUAUGCAUUCUAUCAGGGAGUUAAAUUAGGUACAUCUAUAAUAGUCUUCGAAGUCGAGGCUGUCAGGAGAGAGAGGGAGAGAGAGAGUGCGUCCUCUUUCUGCAGCUUCUUUCCUUAUUGGUUCUUCCCGUUGUGCCGGGCGGGUCGCUACCGGUUUUUUCUAAUAAAUAUUUUUUUCAUGCUAUUUCCAUGAGUAGGUAGAGAAGGGGUUAGUCCACUGUCGCAGAGCUCCGCUUGCGGCAGUAAUAGUGGUUAUAAUGGAAGUCGUCAGGUACCCCAAGGGGACCAUUCGUCAUCAAUGUCUCUGUUGAGAUAAUAGCUAUCACAACAUGACAAUAGGACGUUCAUAAAAAAUGGCCUGAACAAAGAGAGUGACUGUACGACUACAGGUGCUGGUUCUAAAUACAAUAUAUGAGGAUAUCUACCUGUACCUGCAAUAAAGGAGGUGGAGAGGGAUGAGGGGGUUUAAACACUAAGGUUUAAAGGAGCUUUUACCAUGAGUACUAACUAUUUAUUGAGAGGAGAUAUAUACAAAAUAGAGUAAGAACAAACCUAGGAGAAAAAGAGAACAAAACAUACAAACAAAACGGUUAGAUGCAACACCAGUGUUGAUCAAGAGAAGAGAGAGAGCAAAACACUUAAACAAAAUGGAUGCAACACUAUUGUUGAUCGAGAGAAAACUACUACAUAUAACUAGAAUAAGUACUUACAAGCUACCAUGAUUCUUUCAGUCUAAAGUCCGUGUAUGCACUAGUCUGUACAAAAUCCUACCACGGUCCAGGCUGAGCAGGUGAUGUGGCAACGGUGUGGUUGAAGGCAACAUAGAUCCCAACUAAGCUUGGGAACAGGUGAGUGAUGAUUCCUUGGCGAAAUCUUUUGAGGGAGCAAACGAGCGUGUUCCAAAACACCUCGUACUGGAGCACUGAGGACACUUUUCACUUUUGACAGGUGAAUCCAACUGCAACGGUGUGUUGCUCGGAUCUCGUACUGAGACACUGUAAACUUCCUUGACGGAAUGUGUUGAGGGAGUGACAGGCGUGUCGCAUCCACCUCGGACUGACUGUGACACACUGCCCUGGGCAACGGGAUGUUGCCUUGAUCUCGGCUGAGAACCCACUGAGAGGUUGAGAGCGGGUGCUCUCCUAUCUUGAGGAGAAAGUUCUUUUUGCAACCUAUGGUCUUUUAGGCACACACAUUAAAAACUAAACACUUGUCCUUACAUUUGCACUGUUGACAGUGUUGCAUUUCAAAGAUGUACUUACGUUAAAAAUAUUUUUAAUCAUUUUUAUGUGUUCGAAUAAUUAUUCGAACAGUCUCUUUCGCCUUGAAAUACUGCUUUUUCCGCUGAUUUUCUCCAUCGGUUUUUUUUCUGCGUCAGGUUGUCUCUUGGGGUUGAGUUAAUAAGGUUAGGAAGAAGGUAUUACGGGUAGGGAACAGUAUAAGAGGAGAGUGAAGAGGAUAUGGCAGAGCAAGUGGGAUUGGCUUCCUACCAAGGUAGAUGACCGAAUGUGGGGACAGGGCGCUCAACUCCGGUCCUCAACCAUGCCUACCUCUUUAGCAGCACUUAGCUUGUCCCUUAGUGCUUGACCGUGGAGUAACGGCAUAAUCGCUGGCCUCAUACGCCAGUGCACGUGGGUUCGAGCCCUGCCAAAGACAAACCAUUUUCAUUUCCAAUAAUGACACGAACCGUCUCACCGUGCCUCGGAGAGCACGUUAAGCCGUCGGUCCCCCUGGGCUAGUGUACAUCGACACUAGUUACUUAAAACAGGGUUAAAGAUGUAAAUGGCGCCGGAACUGUCCGAAAGGAUCUCCCCGGCAAAAAUGCCAUACGAUAUUAUUAUUAUUAUUAGUGCUCAAGUCGAUAACUGACGAGUCCUACGUACAUAACAUAAAACUGCAUACACAUUACUACAAACAAUGGGAACAACCUGGUCAGCUUUAUUCACUCACGAACAUAUCACGGCCAAAUAGACCGUCUUUUAUAACACUAGACUAGCAGUGCUAGAUCGAAAACAGGAUCGGAGAUAGGAAAUCAAAAUUCUUAUGAAUUAUAAUAUUUAAAAAUCUUAUGAAUUAUAUAUAUAUACAAAAUGUAGUUCACAAGGAUACUUGCGCGAGGCUUACCGGUCACAAAAUUAGAGAAGAAUGCAAACGGAUCUUGCUACUUAAUCCUUUAUCGAAGACGUUUCGUACAUGAAUCCAGACACAUCUUCAGUUCAUCUAAAAGUAAAUCGAUAUGCUUAUAACCAUAGAGAAAAUUAUAAAGAAUAAUGUUGUUCUGAAGCUAUUUUCUUGUGGCAUUUUUAUAAUCAAGUAUAUUCAAAUGGGAAAUAAGCCACAAUUUUACCUAAAAAUGAUUUUAUUAACGUUUCGUCGUUAAUAUAAUUGGGCGUCGAAACGUUAAUAAAAUCAUUUUUAGGUAAAAUUGUGGCUUAUUUCCCAUUUGAAUAUACUUGAUUAUAAAGAAUAACUUACAAGAAUUUGCAGCUAUCAAUAUAAUGGAUGAUUUUUUUAUUUAAGUCGCAAAGAACUGAAGUAUCUUCACAAAGUACAAAAUAUGGUCACAAAAUAUGAUCACAAAGUAAAAAAUAUGAAUAUCAAAUCACUGAUAGUGUGGUUUAACUAUCAUUUCAAGCAGGACAAAUACAAAAUAUUGCCUGGUACUAUUUGUUACUUGAAACAACAUAGUGACAAUUAGCUUUUGUACAUUUUAGAGAAUACGAUUCGAGAAGUUUUUUCUGGUCCCAAUGCCUGAUGCUUUAAAACAUAUGUAAUCUUUAAAAUGCACCCGGUUGUCAUUAUUGAUGAAAAUCCUAUUUAUGCCACGCAGCCAUAAGAUAAAAAUAAGAUGUCAUACGUAUUCUAAACUCUUAUUAUCACUACGUAACUUUUCGUACAUAUUUUAUUCAAUAAUUAAUUUAAGUAUUUAGCUUUAGGAUAGGUGACGUACAUUUUACGGAACGUUUCUUCAGUGUGAGAAUUAUUCUCUGGUCCCUUUUCUCAAAACUAAUAAAGUCUAUAAAAUGUACUUAAAAGGGUGACUGCAUAAAAUAUAUUUUAAGAUAAGCUAGUUGUAAGUACUCUUAUUGCUUAAUUUUAACUUGACUAACUUUAUCAAACUAAUUAUAUUACCGAUAAGUUAAAAUUAUAUCAAUGAAUUAUUGGUAAUAGAACAAUCUCAAAACUUGGUAAUUUGGAGUUUUCUAUAUAAAAGAAUAUAGUGUAACGUUUUAUAUCACAGGACACUACGACGCCACCAAACAUGAUGGUAGGAUAUGGUAGAGGGCGCUGUUCUAUUUUUGAAACAGAAAAAUAGAAAUGACCAAUUUUUCAGGAAUGUUAUAUUAGCAAUUGCCUAUUGAUUAGCAAAUAAUAUAAAGCAUAUUACUACUUAUUCUCCUCUUUACACUACUUUCACUUUUUAUUCUACAUAUUAGAUAAGCCUACAUUAGAUAUAGAAAUAAGUAUAAUUUUUACAGAAACUUUUAUUCUAACCUCUUCUCUAUAUGUAUAGGAUUACUAUAUGUACAGUUAAUGCUUUAUAAAAUAUUUAAAAAUACCAAAGAACGCAGAUACAUAGGUUUAAAAACAGUUUGUCUCAUAGAUAGAAAUAAGUUUUAAAAAAAUUUUAGUAUCAACAAAGAUUUUCUGCAAUCCAGCAUAUAUAGUAUAAACCGAACAAAAGAGGCGAAAAUCUUUAUUGGUGCGAAAAUCAUUCUUGUGUGCGAAUUUUUAUUUUGUAAGCAAAAUUAUGGAUCGAAGAAAAUCGGAAGUGAACAAAAAUUUUCACCGGAAUCCCAAAGCAUCUGCUGCAAUGAAAAGGCAUUUCAGGAAAAACCUACUAACCAAGGUUUUAACAAUAAAUGACUAUCCAUUCUCAUUUAUAAAUACGGAAAUCCACAAAAUAGAAGAAAGAAAACAACACCACAAGCAAUCCAGUAAUACUCACAAGAAAGGAUAACAACUAUACCAUAUGUUAUGGGCUGACCAGGAAAAUUAAAAAGGAUAGGAAACAACAUCGCAACAACAUUUAAAACAACCAAUACACUCAGAUAUAUCCUGUUCAAACCCAAACCAGAUAACACACACGGAAAGUCAAAGAACUGCAUCUGCAAAAUACACUGUGAAUGCAACAAUUUCUAUGUGUGAGAAACUACAAAACCCCUAAGCGUCAGAAUAAACGAGCAUGAAACAUACAUAAAAAACAGGGAAAUUCGACAAAUAACAGAUAUACAAACAUUCCUGGGACAAUGAGUACACAGAGUACAAUGGAAAGAUGCAUCAAAAAUCAUGAAGGAAACAGACAUGAAAGAGAAAAAUCAAAGAAGCAGCUCUUAUUCUACCAAAUGAAGAAAAAUGUGUAGCAAACUCAUCAGCAGAAUGUAACAGGCUUUUGUUGCCAAUACUAGAAGUGAACAACAAGAAUUUACAAACAAUAGCAGAUGAGAAAAUGGGAGACGCAAGUCUUCUAUUAUACAUAAUACAUAUGCAACACACAAUACAUAACACAAGACUAACUCUCUUACACAGAGAACCGCAUGAAGCAUAUAGAAAUAAUGCAGAAAGACACCGAAUAAAUAAUCAGAAUUUAAUUUACCAUGGGGUAUAAAACAUCCACCCUCACAUAUUUUCAGCUAAGCCUGGCUAUUGAAUACAACACGAUAGCCAAGUAUGUCAACCUCGAUUUUUUGAUAAUACAUAACCUCUUUAACAACUUGGCGGUUAUAGUCAAAUCUUUUUAGGUAAAAAUGUAAUUGCCGUUACAAUCAACUGUAACUAAUCCCAUAUAAAUACAAUAUUUAACAAUUAAAUAUAUAUAAAAAAAUGUAAAACAACAAAUCUACCGAACACAAAGGAACAGAAACAAAAGCUGCCAUUACAAAAUACCUUUCAACGGUAAUUUUUUUUUUGUAAAAAUGGCGGUAUUAGUAAUAUGGUCCUAUACAGUAUUAAAUCUUCUGAUAAUGAAUAUUGGUGGCAUAUUAAAUAUGUUAAGUCUGUGGUUCUAUAACAAAUUUUACUAAAUCGAAAAACUCUCAAUUCAAUUGUUAAAUAGAAUUAUAAUUUAUAAAAAUUAAAAAAAAAAUAAAGUAUUGGGUGGUGCCAGUAUAGAAACAUGUACAAUUAUUGAAAGCCAUAAAAUGAGUUAAAACCUUUUCUGGAUCUGGAUAAAACAUUUGUUGUAGUUGCUUGUUAAAAAUUAUAAAUUUAUUUUUCUAGUUACAUAGUUUUCCUCCCUAUGAACUUUGAUAUGCAUCCCACUUGCUAUGCUAUGAUUGUAUAAAAGCAUAUAUAUUACUAUUACGAAAAAGUAGACCUUCUAGGGAAUUUUAAAUUGUUUAUUUCAUGAAAAUUCUAAUUUUGUCCUUCAUACUUAUUGUAUCAUUGUAUAAGUAUUAUAUGAAAUAAAAUUAAUUAAAUGGU